AUGGCUGAGGUCGAUAGCAAGAGGUGGGGCCGUGUUCAUGACAGUGAGAAUGCUACGCUCAAGCAGAAGGUUAAAGCGCAGAAUUUUGCCCUCAAUGAGGAGAAGGAUGCCAACAAGCAGCUCAAGUCUGACAUGGCCAGCAUGAUGCGUCGACUUGUCGCAAUCGAGACCGUCGUUCACCCGGCCAUGUGCGAGGAGGCUGAGCAGAAGCUGGGAGAGUUGGGCUUCUAG